AUGCGAUCAGAUCAAAAUAGUCGUGAUAGCAGGCAGUAUACUUGGUAUGGUGGUCUUGGCCAGAAAGCGUCGAGGUACAAUGGCGAGAAGGUGGGUGCGCGGGCAAUCUGGAUGGUGGGCAGGGUGGGUGUGACGGUGCACAAUCUCGACCCUGGUUGCGCUCACAUGGAGAAAAGAUUCCAAUAUCUUACAGGCCGUCCGAUCCUUUGGGAAACCGGCUAUUCGCUCAAGUGCAAAGAGCGGUAUCUUUUGGCUUCGGCACCAGUUGCAGCUGCGGUGGGCUUGGUGCUUGGCUAUCUCUACCCAAGCCUACUUCAGUGGGCCGCACCAAUGUCACCAGGGGCGCCAGACCUGAACAUCCUGAACUCUUAUGGUCUUCGUUUGGAUGAAUUGGUGUGUCUGACCACUCCAAGACCUUGGAUGGCGCCAGUCCCCGUUGAGUGGAGCAACACAACGGGCAGGGCAAUUCACUCGGGAAAGGGCUCACACACUCAGGCUUGCAGCAGGACCAAAGAGCGAUGCACGAGCGCCACAGCAGGGCAGGGGUGGCGUCUUGCGAAUCGACAGCCCAUCAAUUUCGCGGUGCAGGCUACCGUCGACACCGAUCCGACUUCGUGGGAUUAAGAGAUACAUAUGGAGGUUGGUCAUUUGUCUAGUGCAUAUGUCUAGCGCUGCAAGGCGAUAGAUAAGAGGAUGCCAUGAUUUUGUGUUGGGUGCCUGGGUGCCUGCCGUCAAUAACAUCCCUAAGAAAUCCUGAGCUGAACAGUCUUGAUUCUCUCGGCCUCGUUGUAGCGCGACGAUAACUGACGUUGUAUCAUCCGAGUUACCACAAACUGCGGCGCUUGCUCUCAAAGCGGUGUCAAGCGAACUGGAGCCCGCCAUAAACCAAGCCGGGACGGAGAUGAGGCUACAAAGACGCGGUAGAUAUCGGCAAAGCCCGCUCGCUUGUGGCUGACUUGAGGUCUGCCUAGCUGCUAGGUUUGUCUGCCUUUAAACUCUCAGUCCAGCUCGAGAUGGCGCAUGCGACGGUGCUUAACGACAGCGUCGUCGUAAGAUCGUCGUUGAGUCGUGAAUGAUCUGGACUCCUUAUCACUGGGCUUAGAUCGGUUUCUUUCACUAGUUCC